CUCUAUGCUGUUCUCCUUAAUCUUUUUAUUUUUUAAAAAAUGGCGGUCAUAAUCCUUUAAAUUGAUUUCCUUCCUCACAGUGGACCACAAGCACUCAGAGAAGGACUCCAGGUUUGAAGGCAGAUGCUGGUAGGGACCUGGCCAGGUGGAUGGGUGGGAAGGGGUGAGACCGGGCAGGACUGGGCCUGGGAAGGCUGAGGCAGGCAGGGAUGAUGCCAGCAGAGGAGAAUCCCAAGCAGGCUGUGCAGCUGCGGCUAGAAAGCCACAGGAGUGGAGAGGAGGUGGGAGGCAGUGGUCAGGUUGGGAGGACCCUGGCAAGCAAACCUAGAGAGGAGGGCCCAGAGGGCGGGCACUAGAAGUGUGAAGUCACUGCUUCCUCCUGGGGCUGCUUCAGAGGAUGGGUGGGGUCACGUGUGGGUAGACCAGGGAGACAGGAGACUGUGCUGCUUGGUCUAGACAUAGGAGAUGAGCCCUGGCCGGGAAGGGACAGUGUGGAUGGGCCAAGGUGGAAUCAGGGUUUUAGAGAAAGCUGUCAAGUCAGUGCCAUGAGUUUUGCGCACACCAGGAGGGACAGGUGUCCCUGGCUGUGGCCGCGGCGGCGGCGCCUCCUGGACGUGCGUGCGCCCCUGCUCCUGCUGCUCUGGGUCUGCGCGGCCUCCGUGGAGCCAGAGAGCACCGGUGAGGAGGUGGGGCUGCUGCAGCUCCUUGGGGACCCUCCCCCCCAGCAAAUCACCCAGACGGAUGACCCCGACGUCGGGCUGGCCUACGUCUUUGGGCCAGAUGCCAACAGCGGCCAAGUGGCCCGGUACCACUUCCCCAGCCUGUUCUUCCGCGACUUCUCACUGCUGUUCCACAUCCAGCCGGCCACGGAGGGCCCAGGGGUGCUGUUCGCCAUCACGGACUCGGCGCAGGCAGUGGUCUUGCUGGGCGUGAAGCUCUCUGGGGUGCAGGACGGGCACCAGGACAUCUCCCUGCUCUACACGGAGCCAGGCGCAGGCCAGACCCACACAGCCGCCAGCUUCCGGCUCCCCGCCUUCGUUGGCCAGUGGACACACUUAGCCCUCAGUGUGGAGGGUGGCUACGUGGCCCUCUACGUGGACUGUGAGGAGUUCCAGAGAAUGCCGCUCGCUCGGUCCUCACGGGGUCUGGAGCUGGAGCCCGGCGCUGGGCUCUUCGUGGCUCAGGCAGGAGGAGCGGACCCUGACAAGUUCCAGGGGAUGAUCGCUGAGCUGAAGGUGCGCGGGGACCCCCAGGUGGGCCCCAUGCACUGCCUGGACGAGGAAGGUGAUGACUCAGAUGGGGCAUCUGGAGACUUUGGCAGCGGGCUCAAGGACACCCGGGAGCUUCUCAGGGAGGAGAUGGGCACAGCCCUAAAACCCAGGCUCCCCACACCACCCCCAGUCACUGCUCCACCCUUGGCUGGAGGCAGCAGCACAGAAGAUUCCAGAAGUGAAGAAAUCGAGGAGCAGACCACGGUGACUUCAUUAGGAGCUCAGACACUUCCUGGCUCAGAUUCUGUCUCCACGUGGGACGGGAGUGUCCGGACCCCUGGGGGCCGCGUGAAAGAGGGCGGCCUGAAGGGGCAGAAAGGGGAGCCAGGUAUUCCAGGCCCGCCUGGCCGGGCAGGCCCCCCAGGCUCCCCCUGCCUGCCUGGUCCCCCGGGUCUCCCGUGCCCAGUCAGUCCCCUGGGUCCUGUAGGCCCAGUGUUGCAACCUGUCCCUGGACCACAAGGACCUCCAGGGCUGCCAGGGAGGGACGGCACCCCUGGAAGGGAUGGCGAGCCGGGUGACCCUGGUGAAGACGGAAAGCCGGGUGACACCGGGCCGCAGGGCUUCCCCGGGACUCCAGGGGACGUGGGCCCCAAGGGUGACAAGGGAGACCCCGGGGUUGGAGCGAGAGGACCCCCAGGACCUCAAGGGCCUCCGGGGCCUCCAGGACCCUCCUUCAGACACGACAAGCUGACCUUCAUUGACAUGGAGGGAUCUGGCUUCGGUGGCGAUCUGGAGGCCCUGCGGGGUCCUCGAGGCUUCCCCGGACCCCCCGGACCCCCCGGUGUCCCAGGCCUGCCCGGCGAGCCAGGCCGCUUUGGGGUGAACAGUUCUGACGUCCCAGGACCCGCCGGCCUUCCUGGUGUGCCUGGGCGCGAGGGUCCCCCCGGGUUUCCUGGCCUCCCGGGACCCCCAGGCCCUCCAGGAAAAGAGGGGCCCCCAGGAAGGAUGGGGCAGAAAGGCAGCCUGGGUGAAGCAGGCGCCCCAGGACAUAAGGUACAAGCAGAAUCCCCAGCACAGCGGUCCCCUGCCCCUGGUGCCCACUCAGUGGUCAUGCCCCCAAGGAGGGUGGGGGCCCCACGGUCAAGGGAGGGGAUCUCUGGCAGGGGCCUGGGCUAUGGGGGCAAGCCCCUGCUCAAGCCCACAGGGGGAGAAGUUGGAGCAAACGGAGCCCCCGGGUUCCCCGGCCUCCCUGGCAGAGAGGGCACUGCUGGGCCCCAGGGGCCAAAGGGAGACAGAGGCAGCCAGGGAGAAAAGGGAGAUCCAGGGAAGGAUGGAGUCGGGCAGCCAGGCCUCCCUGGACCCCCCGGACCCCCUGGGCCUGUGGUCUACGUGUCGGAGCAGGAUGGUGCCGUCCUGAGCGUGCCGGGACCUGAGGGCCGGCCGGGUUUCGCAGGCUUUCCCGGACCUGCAGGACCCAAGGGCGACCUGGGCUCUAAGGGUGAACGAGGCUCCCCGGGACCCAAGGGUGAGAAGGGUGAACCGGGCAGCGUCUUCAGCCCCGACGGCAGUGCCCUGGGCCCUGCCCAGAAAGGAGCCAAGGGAGAGCCGGGCUUCCGAGGACCCCCGGGUCCGUACGGACGGCCGGGGCACAAGGGAGAGAUUGGCUUCCCUGGACGGCCGGGUCGCCCCGGGAUGAACGGAUUGAAAGGAGAGAAAGGGGAGCCGGGAGAUGCCCACCUUGGAUUUGGCAUGAGGGGAAUGCCCGGCCCCCCAGGGCCUCCAGGACCCCCAGGCCCUCCAGGGACUCCUGUUUACGACAGCAAUGUGUUUGCUGAGUCCAGCCGCCCCGGGCCUCCAGGAUUGCCAGGGAAUCAGGGCCCUCCAGGACCCAAGGGCGCCAAAGGAGAAGUGGGCCCCCCCGGACCACCAGGGCAGUUUCCAUUCGACUUUCUUCAGUUGGAGGCUGAAAUGAAGGGGGAGAAGGGAGACCGAGGGGAAGCAGGACAGAAAGGCGAAAGGGGUGAGCCCGGGGGCGGCGGCUUUUUUGGCUCCAGCCUGCCAGGUCCCCCCGGCCCCCCAGGCCCACCUGGCUACCCUGGGAUUCCAGGUCCCAAGGGAGAGAGCAUCCGGGGCCAGCCUGGCCCACCUGGACCUCAGGGACCCCCUGGCAUCGGCUACGAGGGGCGCCAGGGCCCUCCCGGCCCCCCAGGCCCCCCUGGCCCCCCAGGGCCCCCUUCAUUUCCCGGCCCUCACAGGCAGACUAUCAGCGUUCCCGGCCCUCCGGGCCCCCCUGGGCCCCCUGGGCCUCCUGGAACCAUGAGCACCUCCUCAGGGGUGAGGCUCUGGGCCACGCGCCAGGCCAUGCUGGGCCAGGUGCACGAGGUUCCCGAGGGCUGGCUCAUCUUUGUGGCCGAGCAGGAGGAGCUCUACGUCCGUGUGCGGAACGGGUUCCGGAAGGUCCAGCUGGAGCCCCGGACGCCACUUCCACGAGGGACGGACAACGAAGUGGCUGCCUUGCAGCCCCCUGUGGUGCAGCUGCAUGACAGCAACCCCUACCCUCGGCGGGAGUACCCCCACCCCACCGCAAGGCCCUGGCGGGCAGACGACAUCCUGGCCAGCCCCCCUCGCCUGCCCGAGCCCCAGCCCUACCCUGGAGCCCCGCAUCACAGCUCCUACGUGCACCUGCGGCCGGCGCUGCCCACGAGCCCACCCGCCCACACCCACCGCGACUUCCAGCCCGUGCUCCACCUGGUUGCGCUAACAGCCCACUGCCGGGCAGCAUGCGCAUCCGGUGGGGCCGGAUUUCGGCAAGGGGCCGACUUCCAGUGCUUCCAGCAGGCGCGGGCCGUGGGGCUGGUGGGCACCUUCCGUGCCUUCCUGUCCUCGCGGCUGCAAGACCUGUACAGCAUCGUGCGCCGUGCCGACCGCGCAGCCGUGCCCAUCGUCAACCUCAAGGAUGAGCUGCUGUUUCCCAGCUGGGAGGCUUUGUUUGCAGGCUCUGAGGGUCCGCUGAAGCCCGGGGCACGCAUCUUCUCCUUUGACGGCAAGGACGUCCUGAGGCACCCCACCUGGCCCCAGAAGAGCGUGUGGCAUGGCUCGGACCCCAGUGGGCGCAGGCUGACUGACAGCUACUGCGAGACGUGGCGGACAGAGGCUCCCUCGGUCACAGGUCAGGCCUCCUCGCUGCUGGGGGGCAGGCUCCUGGGGCAGAAUGCCGCAAGCUGCCACCACGCCUAUAUCGUCCUCUGCAUCGAGAACAGCUUCAUGACUGCCUCCAAGUAGCUGCCGCCUGGAUGCGGAUGGCCGGAGAGGACGGGCAGCUGGGAGGAAGCACCCACUGUGAGCAGGGAGCGGCCGGCCAGCCCCUGGCCCCAGGACCUGGCGGCCAUACUUUCCUGUAUAGUUCACAUGUCAUGUAAUCCUCAAGAAAUAAAAGGAAGCCAAAGAGUGUAUUUUUUUAAAAGUUUAAAACAGAAGCCUAAUGCUGACGUUCACCUGCCCUAGCUCUCCCCUGAGCUGUGAGCGCAGCUGGCACGGCCUGGGUCAGGCAGCCUGGGUCAUACAGGCUGCAGUAUCGUGCCCUGUGCAGCCUCUUGGCCUGAAUCAGACCACGGCUUGAUUUCUCCAGGAUUUCCUCCUCUGGGAAGCUGUGCUCGCCCCGGCAGGCGCCGACUUCAUCUCCCACCUAGCACCUCCGUUCUGUGCCCAAAACCCAGACCUGGUAGCAGACGGGCCCCGUGAGGCAAUGGGAGCUGGGGCCACACUCAGCACAGGGCCACCUGGGCUCUCCUCCAGGGUGUGCUUGCCCUGUGGUUGAUGGGAGGGAGGCUCAGGUCCCUGGGGCUGGGGCAGCCCCUUCUGCUCAGCUCUGGGCUGUUCACAGCAACCCCAGGCGGGAGCAGGUUUCCAAGCUCAGAGGCCCACUGUGAACCCCGGCUCUGGCCUGUCCUCCAACAUCACGCACAGGAGCCUGGGGCCGGCCUCCCAAAUGACCCAUGAGAUACAUCCAAAGCAGACAGCUCCACGCUGGCCAAGUCCAAGCUGGGAGAUACGAGGGACCUGUGAGUUGGGGUCUGGCAGCCUCCUAUCCAGGGCCCCCAUCUCAUGCCCCCGGCUGGGACUUGGCUCAGCCAGCACUUGUCCAGCUGAGUGCCAGGAUGGAACAAGGCCACGUCGAAGAGGCUGAGGCUGGCACAGGACAUGCGGCAGCCAGCGCACAGGGCAGUGGGGAAGAGCUGCCAUCUGUGCACUGCCCAUGGACAGGCUGGCUCCAGAUGCAGGGCAGUCAUCGGCUGUCUCCUAGGAAACCCACAUCCUUGCCCUCUUUGGGACUGAAGGGGACACCCAGGGUGCACACAGGCUGCCCUGCAGGCGAACAAAGCAGCCACGAGGUGCGACGAGGUCCUCUGUCGCAGCCACCCCUGAGAUCCGGCAGCAUCGACACCAGAGUCAUACGUUGUGUGGAGGGACAAGUGGACUCAGGGCAGUGCCAGGCUGACCACAGCACACCAGCACACACCUGCCUCGGGACUGCGACAAAACCGGUGGGGCUGGUUCUAUAACUGUGUGUGAUGUGAAGCCAAUUCAGACAGGUAAAUAAAAGUGACCUUUUACACUGA